UGUGAGUGAGUAAUUCCGGGAAGCUCGCCUUACAACUCGGCGCGGCCCCCCGCGCCGCCCGCCCCACAACAAAACUUGCCGCGCUCCCGGGAGCCCGGCUCCGAGAGACCUGCGGUCGGGACCGGAGGGGAGACGGGCCGGAGCGCGGGCCGGGACAGCAGCCGGACGGCGGCGGGACCCGCGCGUGCCAGGGGCGCGAGGCGAGGCGGGCCGAGAGGCGGGUCUCAGUCCAGAGGGCACCUUCUGCAAAUAUGUCUGUGGAUCCCUUAUCCAGCAAAGCCCUGAAGAUCAAGCGCGAGCUGAGCGAGAACACGCCGCACCUGUCGGACGAGGCGCUGAUGGGGCUCUCGGUGCGCGAGCUGAACCGGCACCUGCGCGGGCUCUCGGCCGAGGAGGUGACGCGGCUCAAGCAGCGGCGCCGCACGCUCAAGAACCGCGGGUACGCGGCCAGCUGCCGCGUGAAGCGCGUGUGCCAGAAGGAGGAGCUGCAGAAGCAGAAGUCGGAGCUGGAGCGCGAGGUGGACAAGCUGGCGCGCGAGAACGCCGCCAUGCGCCUGGAGCUCGACGCGCUGCGCGGCAAGUGCGAGGCGCUGCAGGGCUUCGCGCGCUCGGUGGCCGCCGCCCGCGGGCCCUCCGCGCUCGUGCCAUCGUUCAUCUCCAGCCAUUUCUCUCCACCCUGUGGUGGACACACGUUCCCUCCCCAGAGCCAGUCUUCCUCGUGCAGCCCCUGA